GAAAAAGUCGCGGCGGUGGCGGUGGCAGCGGCGGAAGACGCACGGUGCCAUGGAAAAGAUAAUUUAGCCGAAUACGGAAAAUUAUACAUUGUCUCCGGCGCCGCCGUCUGCGUCACACUAACACCGACUUUUCUCCGCCGAAAUGGAGGAUGACGAAGAAAACAAGAAAAGGCGCGAAGAGUGCGAGCGGAAGGCUCGUCGCGGUGAGAUGGAUCCGCGGUUGGAAUUCACGUUCCAACUGCUGAUUGACGCCACUGGCCUCUCGAGGGGCGACAUCAUGGAUAAUGUAUUCGAGGGAAACAUGCUUGACGAGAUCAACCAGCUUUUCCUGCCGCACAUGAGAAACACUUUGCUUUGGUUCUAUCAGGAAGUGCCACAGGCUGAAACUGUGCCACCUGCAGAUCCUAAUAAAGCUGGCCCUUCAAGAGCUACGGCCCAAGCCGGACCCUCAACGAGCAAGGGCCACGCGCCAAUAGCGGCCGCCCCUGCACCUCCGGCCAAGAAAAAGCUGUUUCUCACCGAUGGCUGGAGCGUGCCGCUAACCGGCAUUUGCAUUUACAUGUUUCGACUGAACAUUAGCAAGCAGUUGCCUGAAGAAGGGUUUCACAAGGAUUUGUACUGUGGCGUGAUUGACGUGACACGAGUCGGUUUGGUCACCACUAUCGAGAGAAUUGUGGAGAACGUCUUCAUGGAGGCCCUGGCGCACCCCUCGCCUGAUGCGGAGGACGACGAGGCUAAUUGUCCUUUAGUGAGGAACCAGUUGUUGCCCAGCUUGAGAUCUUUCUGCAGUGCGCUUAGAGUUUGCGAGGAAGUGUGCCAGCAGAAGAACGUGUUUGAGGAUGAGAUCAACAUACUUGCGAAUGUCCAAAGUCCAGACGACGCAAGGGAAUAUGCAAAAAGUGUCGAGAACAUGACCCUGCUCGAGGAGCGCUUAAAAACUUGGAUGAAGAGGGUCCAUGAGGUCGUAAUGGAGAGUCAGCAGCUCAGAAGGGAAAACGACUCGACAGGUCCACAAGAUGAGUUAGAAUACUGGAAACGUCGUGGUGCUCAGUUUUCGCAGAUCGUUACGCACUUGCAAAGCCACGAGGUGCAAAUGACUCUGAUGUGUCUCCAACUAAACUACUCUAAAACAAUAAAAGCAUGGCGCGAGCUGGACAAGAAAAUCACAUUCUGUUACAACGAAGCUCGCGACAACGCCAAAUUCAUCCAGUCCAUGGAAAAAGUGUGCCACUCACUUUACCUGCACGACCCGGUGCAAAUGAAAGAAUCGAUUUUGAACCUGAUUCAAACCGUCCGGCUCAUACACAGCGUUUCUAAGUUCUACAACACAACCGAACGAACCUCUUCUUUGAUGGUCAAGAUCACGAAUCAAAUGAUCGAGACGUGCAAGUUAUACAUCACUUGCCGUGGCAAGGAAACCAUUUGGUCGCAACCUGAGGCGGAGGUGAAGGAAAAACUGCAGCACUGCAUCAAUCUGAACCAGGUGUACCAUUCUACGUACUUGACGGUGAAAAAUCAGCCGUUUUUGCCUGGAGCCACGCCAUUUGGCUUUUCUGAAAACUACGUUUUCGGCAAAUUUGACACCUUUUGCGAAAGGCUGAGCAGGAUAAUUACCCUGUUUGAUCUGGUGAACGACUACUCCCAGCUGUUUGAACGUAGAAUGGAAGGAUUACUUCUUGGCGAAGCGCUUGACGAGGCAAUGAGAAACUUUGACACAGCUAAAGGGGGAAUAAUGAACAAAGAGUACAACUAUUUGGACCACAGAAAUAAGGAAUUUGACGAGGAUUACGACUCCUUUAUGACCAAUAUUGAAGCUCUUAAAACGGGCAUUGGCAAUAUAAUCGAAAGGAAUUACGACACAGUUUGGGAAUCGCCUCAAGCAAUCAAAUUCUUAGAACGAUUUGAAAAGGUCAUCGAGAAAAUACCUCUCGCCAAAAUGGAUGAGAAGUACGAUCGUGUUUUGAGGUUUUGCGACCGCGAGGUGGACAGAAUUCACAAACUGUUUCGCAAACUGAAAUCUGACCCUCCCCUGCCACGCUAUUUUCCUCCUUUGGCAGGCCGCAUAAAGUGGGUGCGAUGCUUACAGUACCACCUACAGGACCUAGUCAACAGCAUUUCAAGCCACCACGUUUUACAAAGGUUGCCAGCCACAACUGAAUUGAUUGAGAAAUACAACAACGUUAAUGCCCACUUGAAAGCGUUUGAAGCAGAUGUGAUAAAAACUUGGACAAGUCAAACAAUUCGCCCAGUAGACGAAGGUUUGCGUCAAAAGCUACUGGCAUUUGACAAGGAGACGGGAAAGGUAGAAGUUAAUCUCGACUUCCGCUUGAUGGUUUUGAUAAGGGAGGCUGACUGCAUGGCUAAAAUGAGCAUUGAAGUCCCUAUCAUUGCAAUGACGCUUCUAACGAAGAGGAGCUAUUUUACGACGAUAAACGACUGUCUCGAAUUGCUGCUGAAACGGUUUGUGCAAGCCGUUCAAGCAGUUAAGCCGGACGUGCGGCCAUUAUUCUUGCCGCACAUGAUGCGAAUGGCCAGAAUGCUUUCGCCAGGGUUCCACACAAUUUCCUGGUCUGACCCUGCUUGGGAGGACUUUUACUUGAAAACCCUUCAAGCAGUCAAAAGUUUUGAGGUUCUUACAACCAGGGUUCAUGAUAUCUACUCGAACAGGAUUUUGUCGGUGCUAUCGUCGAUGCAAAGGGUCAAGAUGCACGCGCUUCCUAGCAGCGGAAAGCCGUGGAGCGUAGAAGAAUUCACGGACAGAAAUGAGUUCACUUGCUGCAGAGCGGCCACAGAGUUGCACAGGAAGAGCUUAAUGGUGGAGGAGGCUGUAGAGGAAAUUUUGGAUUUAGUGAAGAAAGCGGCGCCAGCUUUUAAAACAACGACAACCGAACUAGAUGAAUUUGACACCCUCAUGGAAGAAGCAAAAAGCGAGGAGGCAGAGCGAGACGAGGGUGCUGUGGAUGGGACUGCUGGAGGGACGUCUGCAAACAGUGCAGCUUCACCGCAGCAGGACUGGAGCAUCGUGUCCGAGUGUUUCGACCAGCCACACAUCGUCAUGAAAAGCGGCACCCUGUCCAAGGCACUGCAGGACGUGGUGCGCAACGCCGUGAGUGAAAUGCGCCGCUACUACAGCCGCAAGGUGAUCGACGUGCUCAUAAAAGUGACAAAAAUGUCAUUGGACUCACUUAGGCGAAGGUUUAUCAACGACCAGGAGACAGCAUCAAAGUCAUCCCCAAAUCCAGUUUUCAUAAUUUACAUCUCGCUCGUAAUCCCCAACGUAGCGAUAAAACCGAAUUUGGACGAAAUCCAGGAAGCUCUUACGAAUGCUGGUCGUAAUAUUACAAACGUGGCUAAAGGAGUUGGCCUGUGGACGGGCGGCAAAUUUCAGCAGAAGCAAGUGUGGCGCAAACUGGCCAUGCGACCUCCGGGCGCUUUAAGUGACCUGGUUUCACAAAUCGAACAGGGCACGCAGCAGCGAAACAAAAAAGACGACCCCAAGAAACGCCGCCGCCGCAUUUACAAAGUGGCCUCCGAGGAAAAGCUCAAUUUUCCGCAUCAGCAGAAAAACUUUUUCAGCUUUAUAAUCGAGAACAAGGAGGUGAUGAAAAUGCUCACUAUGCUGUCCACCUGUACCAUGGACAUCAAAGCUGAAUUCACGUCUUAUUUGGAGCGAUGGAAGCCGUACAAGACCCUUUGGAAAAGCGACCAAGACCGAAAAGAUAUGCUCCAGGCCGGGCUGCAAGAUUUCGUGAACCUCCUUCGCUACCACGGCGAACUUGAGGCAGAGCUCAACGUCGAGUCAGACAUGCAUUACUUUGGACAAAGCGUCGUGGUUUCAGCUGAAAAACUAAAAUUUGGACUGCUGACGGAGAUAAAAGCGUGCACGUAUAGAAUUGGUCAAGCACUGCGCAAAAAGUACAAAAGGGAAAUGGAUUAUGUGUACGCGGUGGUUAGCGAAAUGGACAGGAAGUUGGACAGGCCGAUCAGAGAUCUGGACGAUGUGCGUGUCAUUAUGGACACUUUGAAGAAAAUUCGAGACCAAGAAGUAGACAUGGAGCUCAGAAUUGAUCCGAUCGAGGAAGCGUUUAAUGUUAUAUCUCGAUAUGAAAUCCCUGUGGACCGAGAAGAGUUGGACCAGAUAGACAACCUGCGUUAUACCUGGCAACGUCUCGUAAAACGGGCCCUCGACGUUCACUGCUUGCUGCUGAAUAUGCAGCCGCGGUUUGAAGAAGACCUGCGAAAGAACCUUCAAAGAUUCCGCUUGGACAACAUCCAGUAUUGCCACGAGUAUCGCACUUCUGGACCAAUGAUGCCAGGUCUUACGCCUAGAGAAGCUUCAGAUAAACUGAUUGUGUUCCAGAAUCGCUUCGAUGGAAUGUGGAGGAAACUACAGACGUACCAAAGUGGAGAGGAGCUUUUCGGGCUGCCCCAAACGGAGUAUCCUGAGCUAGCUCAGAUCAGAAAGGAGUUGAACCUUCUGCAGAAAUUAUACAAGCUGUACAACGAUGUGAUUGACCGAGUCAGCAGCUACUACGAUAUUCCUUGGGGCGACGUCAACAUAGAGGAAAUCAACAAUGAGCUUAUGGAAUUCCAAAAUAGGUGUCGUAAAUUGCCGAAAGGAUUGAAAGAGUGGCCUGCUUUCCACGCUUUAAAGAAAACCAUCGACGAUUUCAACGAUAUGUGUCCUCUAUUGGAGUUAAUGGCCAACAAGGCGAUGAAGCCAAGGCAUUGGCAAAGAAUCAUGGACUCCACCAAGCACAAUUUCGAGUUGGACAGCGAAGGAUUCUGCUUGAAGCACAUUUUGGAGGCACCUUUGCUUGAGUGCAAGGAGGAUAUUGAAGACAUAUGUAUUUCCGCCAUGAAAGAAAAGGACAUUGAAGCCAAACUGCGACAAGUGACUAAUGAAUGGUCUAUUCACGAGCUCACUUUCAUGACGUUCAAUAACCGAGGCGAACUUUUGCUUCGAGGCGACACAACUGCUGAGACUAUUGGACAGCUUGAGGACAGUCUUAUGGUCCUUGGAUCACUCUUGUCCAACAGAUACAAUGCACCAUUCAAAAAGCAAAUUCAGCAGUGGGUGUCGGAUCUGUCAAACACAAACGAGAUUCUAGAACGCUGGCUCUUGGUGCAAAACAUGUGGGUUUACUUGGAAGCCGUUUUUGUGGGUGGAGACAUCGCCAAACAACUUCCAAAAGAGGCUAAGCGUUUCAGUAAAAUCGACAAGUCGUGGCAAAAAAUAAUGCAAAGGGCGCACGAGACACCGGGGGUAGUGGCCUGCUGCGUGGGCGAUGACAUGCUCAAGCAACUUUUGCCGCACUUGCAGGAGCAACUUGAACUUUGCCAGAAGUCGCUUAGCGGGUAUUUGGAGAAGAAGAGGAUGAUGUUCCCGCGCUUCUUCUUCGUGUCUGAUCCAGCUCUGUUGGAAAUCCUGGGCCAGGCCUCCGACUCCCACACAAUUCAAAACCAUCUGCUUUCGAUUUUCGAUAACACGCGAUAUGUCAGAUUCCACGACAUUGAAUAUAAUAAAAUUCUUGCCAUUGUGUCUUCUGAAGGGGAAACCAUUCAGCUGGAGAAGGCAGUUCGAGCUGAGGGUAGUGUAGAAACGUGGUUGACGGCCCUGCUUCAGACAUCGCAAGCUUCCUUGCAUUCAAUCAUUCGUUCGAGCCACACAAUGAUCAACGAUGCCAACUUCAACUUGCUCGCUUUUCUGGACAAAAUGCCAGCGCAGAUUGGUUUACUUGGUAUCCAAAUGAUUUGGACUCGCGACUCAGAAGCAGCUUUAAUGCAAGCCAGAGCAGACAAGAAGGUCAUGGGCGAAACGAAUAACAGAUUUUUGGAACUUCUGAAUACAUUGAUCGACCAGACCACCAGAGAUUUGACGCGAAUUGAGAGAAUAAAAUUCGAAACUCUCAUCACUAUCCACGUCCACCAGAGAGACAUUUUCGAUAUUAUGUGUCGCAUCAACGUGAGACACGUGAACGAUUUUGAGUGGCUGAAGCAAUGCAGAUUUUAUUUCAAAGAGGAUAUAGACAAAACUCUAAUUCUGAUCACUGAUGUCAACUUUACUUAUCAAAACGAGUACCUUGGAUGCACAGACAGACUUGUGAUCACACCUCUAACGGACAGGUGCUACAUAACGUUGGCACAGGCCCUGGCGAUGAGUAUGGGCGGCGCUCCUUGUGGCCCCGCGGGCACAGGCAAAACCGAAACCGUCAAGGACAUGGGCAAGACGCUUGCCAAAUACGUGGUCGUUUUCAACUGCUCCGACCAAAUGGAUUACCGCGGCUUAGGCCGCAUUUAUAAGGGACUGGCGCAAUCGGGCUCAUGGGGCUGCUUCGACGAAUUUAAUCGAAUAGAGCUACCCGUGCUGUCGGUAGCUGCACAGCAAAUUGCCGUCGUUUUGGGCGCAAAGAAGGAAAAGAAGAAGCAGUUUGUUUUCACGGACGGAGACACGAUUACGCUUUGUCCAGAGUUCGGAAUUUUCAUCACCAUGAACCCUGGGUAUGCGGGGCGUAAGGAAUUGCCAGAAAAUUUGAAAAUCCAGUUUCGCACGGUAGCCAUGAUGGUGCCUGAUCGGCAGAUUAUUAUUCGUGUGAAGCUGGCAAGUUGCGGCUUUUUGGAAAAUAUUACUCUGGCUAGAAAGUUCUAUACGUUAUAUAAAUUGUGCGAGGAGCAGCUUACAAAACAAGUCCAUUAUGAUUUUGGUUUGCGAAAUAUCCUCUCAGUGUUGCGUACGCUUGGAGCUGCAAAAAGGGUAAAUUUGAAAGACACGGAGAGCAUGAUAGUCAUGAGAGUGCUCAGAGACAUGAAUCUUUCAAAACUGAUAGACGAGGACGAGCCACUAUUUAUGUCACUUGUUUCUGACUUAUUUCCAAACCAAAAUCUCGAGAAAACGGGUUAUCCUGAGCUGGAGACGGCCAUUCAACAACAAGUUGAAGAAGCGGGACUUGUUUACCAUCCUCCUUGGGUACUUAAGCUCAUUCAGCUAUACGAAACACAAAGGGUCCGACACGGAAUUAUGACCUUGGGCCCAACUGGCGCCGGCAAAACGACGUGCAUCCAGACCCUGAUGAAGUCCCUAACUGCGAUGGGCCAAACCCACCGAGAAAUGCGCAUGAACCCGAAGGCCAUAACGGCGUCUCAGAUGUUCGGGCGGCUGGAUGUGGCCACAAACGACUGGACGGACGGAAUCUUCUCCGCUCUGUGGAGGAAAACCCUCAAGACGAAGAAGGGCGAACACGUAUGGCUGGUGCUCGACGGGCCUGUGGACAGUAUUUGGAUCGAGAAUCUCAACUCGGUGCUUGACGACAACAAAACGCUCACGCUUGCAAACGGUGAUCGGCUUUCGAUGGCCCCGACGUGCAAGAUUAUUUUUGAACCUGAAAAUAUCGACAAUGCAUCGCCGGCAACUGUUUCUCGAAAUGGAAUGGUUUACAUGAGCUCAAGUGGUCUGGAUUGGAAGCCAGUAUUGCAAAUGUGGCUUCAGAAGCAGAACGCCCGCGAGGUGAAAAUAUUCCAAGAGCUCUUUGACUCUUCAUUUGCCACUAUAUAUUCUUGGAUGAGCCAAAAUUUGGCACCGAAGAUGAAAGUUUUGCAAUGCAAUAUCAUUCAACAAAUGUUAGAUAUCUUAGAAGGACUAGUGCCCAAAGAACAGGAAAAAUCAGAAGAAGAGAAUUUUGAGGAGCCGCCAACUCCAGAUACAGCCAAAAAACCAGCUGACGGAACUCAAAUUCCAACAAUUGAAGUCGAGGCUGAGGACGAUGACGAGCAGGACAAAGUAAAGAUCUCCACUCAGCUGACGAAUAAGCACUUGCAAAGAUUUUACGUUUUUGCGCUUGUCUGGGGUAUGGGAGGCUUGUUAGACACCGCCGACCGCCAGCUCUUUGACACUUUCAUAAGGGAAAAACUGUCGUUGGACCUGCCUCACAAGAAGUCAGACAAGGGAGCCACUGUCUUUGAUUACGUAGUCAGUCAAUCGGGUGAAUGGGAGCACUGGAACUCUCUAUUAGUCCCAUACGUGUACCCUGAAAACAGCACGCCUGACUACAGCUCCAUUUUAGUGCCUAUCAUCGAAAACGUGCGAAUGGAUUAUUUGAUCGAUGUAAUUGCUAAGCAGGGGAAGGCGAUUAUGUUGAUUGGCGAGCAAGGCUCUGCGAAAACGGUCAUGAUGAAAUCUUAUAUGAAAAAGGCCAAUGCGGACACGCACCUGAGCAGAAUUUUUAAUUUCUCCUCUGCAACUACUCCUCAGCAAUUCCAAAAAACCAUUGAAAGCUACGUUGAAAAGCGAAUGGGUAACACUUAUGGCCCGCCUGGCGGGAGAAGGAUGUUGGUUUUCAUUGACGACAUCAACAUGCCGCAUAUAAAUGAAUGGGGCGAUCAAGUUACAAAUGAAAUUGUGCGCCAAUUGAUGGAAAUGGGAGGCUUUUACAGUCUUGACAAGCCUGGAGAUUUCACUCACAUAGUAGAUAUGCAAUUUGUGGCAGCUAUGUGUCAACCAGGUGGAGGAAGAAAUGAUAUCCCAUCACGGCUAAAACGCAAAUUCUGCAUUUUUAAUUGCACGUUGCCAACAGACGAGUCGAUAGACCGCAUUUUCUCCGUGAUUGGAGAGGGCCACUACAACGUAAAACGAGGUUUCGUGCCAGAUGUUCGAAAUCUGGUGAAAAAACUGGUGCCGCUGACCAGAGUGCUUUGGCAGCACACGAGAGCUAAUUUACUGCCGACUCCGGCGAAAUUCCACUACGUUUUCAGCUUGCGCGAUUUGUCGCGAAUUUGGCAAGGAAUGGUCGGCACUUUGAGCACUGUCAUUGAAAAUGAGCGAGUUCUCGUUUCCCUCUGGAAACACGAGUGCGUUCGCGUCUUCUCGGACAGAUUUGUAUCCGAGGAAGACAAGGAGUGGUUCAAUGUGAAGCUAGUUGAGCUAGUUGGCAAACAUUUGGGAGAAAAUUACAAGAAAAUGGCUGAGCCUGAGGAGGUGUUUGUCGACUUCAUGAGGGAUGCGCCUGAACCAACCGGAGAAGAGGGAGAGGACGCAGAUAUGGAACUGCCCAAGGUUUAUGAGCCAGUUAAUGGCUACGAUGAACUCAAGGAGAGAUUGGAAAUGUUUCUUUCGCAAUACAAUGAGAUGCAAAGAGGCGCUGGAAUGGAUCUCGUCUUUUUCCCUGACGCUAUGCUCCACUUAGUCAAAAUAUCAAGAGUAAUAAGGCAUCCAAGAGGAAAUGUUAUGCUAAUUGGCGUGGGAGGCUCAGGCAAACAGUCUCUGACAAAGCUGGCUUCCUUCAUUGCUGGCUACAAAACUUUCCAGAUAACCCUUACUAGGUCAUACAACAUAGCAAACUUCCUCGAGGACUUGAAAUUCCUCUACCGGACUUGCGGCGUCCAAGGCAAAGGAACGACCUUCCUAUUCACAGAUUUAGAUAUUAAGGAGGAAGGUUUCUUGGAGUACUUGAACAACAUUCUAUCAUCCGGCGUUAUUUCGAAUCUUUUUACUCGAGACGAGCAGCAAGAAAUCAUUUCUGAACUGACGCCAAUAAUGAAGAGGGAAUUCCCGAAAAUUACUCCAACCGCUGAGUUGGUAAUGGAAUACUUUUUAUCGCGCGUCUGCCAGAAUUUACACGUGGUCUUUUGUUUUUCACCGGUUGGCGAGAAAUUCAGAAACCGCGUGUUGAAAUUUCCUGCAUUGGUGUCUGGCUGCACGGUGGACUGGUUCCAGCCGUGGCCAAGAGACGCUUUGGUUGAAGUAGCCAAACACUUUAUUCAGGACUUCGAGAUUGCCUGUACCAACAAGGUGAAAAUGGAGUUGGUCGAAGCGCUCGGCUCGAUUCAAGACAUCGUGUCCAAUAUGUCGGCGGAAUACUUCCAAAGAUUCCGACGAGCGACACACGUAACUCCAAAGUCUUACCUGAAUUUCAUCGGUGGCUACAAAAACAUCUACCAGAGCAAGCAACAGGAACUUGGGCAGGGUGCUGAGCGAAUGGACACCGGUCUCGCAAAGUUAAAGGACGCGUCCAAGUCGGUGGAGAUUCUGAAACAGGAGUUAGCUAUUAUGGAAAAGGACUUGGCUUUGGCCUCUGAAAAGGCUGAAAAGGUUCUGAGCGAAGUGACGGAGCGAGCCAUGCAGGCUGAGCAGUUCAAAAAUCAAGUGCAGAAGGUGAAGGAAAAGGCCGAGGCUCUGGUCGAGAAUAUUGCUCAGGAAAAAGCGAUUGCUGAGGAAAAACUCGAGGCGGCCAAACCAGCGCUUGAGGAGGCGGAGGCGGCACUUAACACUAUUAAACCUGCUCAUAUCGCUACGAUUCGAAAGCUUGGACGGCCACCUCAUCUAAUUAUGCGAAUCAUGGACUGUGUGCUGAUACUGUUUCAACGAAAGUUGCACGCAGUCAUCGGAGAUACGGCCGCACCUUGCCCCAAGCCUUCAUGGGCCGAGUCACUCAAGAUGAUGGCGAGCACUACCUUUUUGCUUCAGCUGCAAAAUUACCCAAAAGAUAUUAUCAACGAUGAGAUGAUCGAGCUGCUGCACCCCUACUUUGAAAUGGAGGAUUAUAAUAUGGAAACAGCCAAAAGGGUGUGCGGAGACGUGGCCGGAUUGUUGUCUUGGACAAAAGCAAUGUCGUGCUUCCACUCGGUCAAUAAAGAAGUCCUGCCUCUCAAAGCUAACUUGGCAAUGCAAGAGGCACGUUUAAAAGUGGCCAUGGAUGAUUUGGCGAAGGCAGAACGUGAACUUGAGGAGCGUGAAGCGGCUCUUUGCCAGGUGAAGGCGCAAUACGAUGCGGCUGUGUCUGAAAAGCAGCGUCUGACGGACGCAGCCACCGUCUGCUUGAGGAAAAUGCAGGCGGCCAGUGCUCUGAUCAACGGUCUUGGUGGCGAAAAAAUUCGGUGGACCCAACAGAGCAAAGAUUACAAAGAACAACUUGGCAGGUUGGUUGGAGAUGUGGUUAUUGCUACAGGAUUUCUGUCGUAUUGCGGCCCUUACAACCAAUCUUUCCGAGCGAGUCUUGUCAACGGUUGGAUGGAAAUUUUGAGGGACAAGCAAAUACCUUUCACCCAAAACCUGAACAUCAUCAACAUGCUCAUCGAAAACUCAACAAUUUCUGAGUGGACACUGCAAGGUCUGCCAAAUGACGACCUUUCAGUGCAAAAUGCCCUGAUUGUAACCAAGUCCAGUUCAUAUCCUCUGCUGGUCGACCCGCAAAACCAGGGAAAAAUGUGGAUAAAGAACAAGGAGGGUGGUAACGACCUUCAGAUCACAUCGCUGAACCACAAAUAUUUCCGCACCCACUUGGAGGAUAGCUUGUCUCUAGGGAGGCCUUUAUUAAUAGAGGACGUCGGGGAAGAGCUUGAUCCAGUCAUCGAUAAUGUGCUCGAGAAGAAUUUUAUUAAGUCUGGCUCAAUAGAAAAAGUUAUUGUGGGCGACAAGGAGUGUGAUGUGAUGCCAGGAUUCAUGCUAUACAUCACUACGAAAUUGCCCAAUCCGGCAUAUUCCCCUGAAAUAAGUGCUAAGACGUCUAUAAUUGAUUUCACAGUCACCAUGCAAGGCUUGGAGGACCAACUUUUGGGACGUGUUAUUUUAAUGGAAAAGUCAGAGUUAGAAGCAGAAAGAGUUGCCUUGUUUGAGUCGGUGGUGCAAAAUCAAAGGAGAAUGAAAGAGUUGGAGGCCAAUUUGCUAGAGCGUUUAACGUCAACCCAAGGUUCCCUUGUGGACGAUGAAGCAUUGAUCCAAGUUCUGCAAACGACGAAAACAACGGCUGAGGAGGUGAACCAAAAGCUGAAAGUAUCAGCGCAGACGGAAAAGAAAAUCACAGUGGCGCGAGAAGAAUUUCGGGCAGUGGCUGCGAGAGGGUCAAUUUUAUAUUUCCUAAUUGUGGAAAUGAGCAAUGUCAACACUAUGUACCAAAAUUCCCUGAAACAAUUCCUGAUUACAUUCGACAACUCCAUUACCAAGUCUAAAAAGAGUGCGAUUACCGAAGAGCGAAUCAACAACAUUUUGCGCUACUUGACUUUCGAAGUUUGGAAAUUCACGCAAAGAUCACUUUAUGAAAAGCACAAGGCCCUGUUUACACUGAUGUUGGCCAUGAAAAUAGAUCUGUCAAUGGGGAAAAUAAGUCACGAUGAAUUCAUGGCAUUUAUCAAAGGCGGCGCUUCAUUGGACUUGAAUGCUGUUACUCCAAAACCGUUCAGGUGGAUUUUGGAUAUAACCUGGCUGAAUCUAGUGGAGAUCAGCAAACUUCCCACCUUUGAUGACGUCCUCCAAAGAAUUCAAAAUAACGAAAAAGAGUGGAAGACUUGGUACGAAAAAGAGAGACCCGAAGAGGAAGAAAUUCCGUGCGGAUAUCAAAAGUCGCUAGACGUGUUUAGGAGACUGCUCUUAAUUCGAUCGUGGAGCCCUGACAGAACUUUAUCACAAGCACGACAAUACGUCAUGCAAUCACUAGGGCCUGAAUAUGGCGAAGCAUGUAUUUUGGACCUUGAUGCCACCUGGGAGGAAUCUGAGCCUCGGACGCCAUUGAUUUGCAUGCUCUCUAUCGGUUCAGAUCCAUCACCCCAAAUCGCAGCCUUGGCAAAGCAAAGAGACAUAAAAAUUCGUUCCGUGUCAAUGGGUCAAGGGCAAGAACUGCACGCUAGGAAACUGAUACAGGAGUCAAUGAUCCACGGAGGUUGGGUGCUGAUGCAGAAUAUCCACCUUUCACUACCGUUCUGCAGCGAGAUCAUGGAUUUCCUGGUCGAAACAGACGUAAUUCACGACUCCUUCCGACUUUGGAUGACAACGGAGGUGCAUACACAAUUCCCUAUUGGGUUGUUGCAGAUGGCCAUUAAGUUCACGAACGAGCCACCGCAAGGGAUUAGAGCCAGUUUAAAGCGGACUUAUCAGAACAUAACACAAGAUUCUCUUGAUUAUUCCUCCCAAUCGCAAUGGCCUCCACUACUGUAUGCGGUAGCCUUCCUGCAUACUGUGGUCCAGGAAAGAAGAAAAUUUGGGCCAUUAGGCUGGAAUAUUCCAUACGAGUUUAAUCAAGCUGACUUUGCGGCCAGCGUACAAUUCAUCCAAAACCACCUUGAUGACAUGGACCCCAAAAAGGGAAUAUCGUGGCCCACGGUGUGCUACAUGCUUGGCGAAGUCCAAUACGGCGGCCGGGUAACUGACGACUUCGACAAGCGCCUAUUGCUUACUUUCACACACGUGUGGUUUUGCGACGUGCUUUUGAGGCCAGGAUUCGAAUUUUACAAAAACUACAAGGUUCCGGUGACUCGAAAUUUGCAAGGUUACGUAGACUACAUCAACAGCCUGCCGGCCACGGACACGCCAGAGGUUUUCGGCCUCCAUCCUAAUGCAGAUAUAACCUAUCAGAUAAACACCGCCAAAGGGAUUUUGGACACAAUUUUGAGCGUGCAGCCAAAGGAAGGUGGUAGCCAAGGAGGAGAGACAAGGGAGAGCAUUGUCUACCGUCUCGCAGAGGACAUGCUCGAAAAGCUGCCUAAACCAUAUAACAAUUUUGAGGUUCGCGAGGCAUUGAACCGAAUGGGCGCCCUGCUCCCCAUGAAUAUUUUCCUCAGACAAGAAAUAGAUAGAAUUCAAAGAGUAAUAAGAGAGGUCCACACUACUUUGUGCGAUCUGAAACUAGCAAUAGACGGAACAAUUAUUAUGAGCUCGGCACUAAAGGAGUCACUGGAUGCCAUGUACGACGCACGAAUACCUGCUCGCUGGCAAAAGAUGUCGUGGGAGUCAACGACUCUCGGAUUCUGGUUCACCGAGCUGUUAGAGAGAGACUUCCAGUUCCGCAAGUGGAUCGCUAAUGGAAGACCUCACGUGUUUUGGAUGACAGGAUUUUUCAAUCCACAGGGAUUUCUGACUGCAAUGAGACAAGAAGUAACGCGCGCUCACAAGGGCUGGGCACUCGAUUCUGUUGUGCUUCAAAACCUCAUAACCCGCUAUUCAAGAGAGGAACUGCACGAAGGUCCUCCUGAGGGAGUCUACGUUUACGGUCUUUUCCUUGAAGGAGCCAGUCUGGACAGAAAAACUUGCAAGUUAAUCGAGAGCAAGCCCAAAGUAUUGUACGAGCAAAUGCCUGUCAUCUACAUAUACGCCAUAAACACAACGGCGGGCAAAGACCCAAGGCUGUAUGAGUGCCCAAUUUACAAGAAGCCUUGUCGUACAGACCAAAAGUACGUGGGCUCGGUCGACUUCGAGACGGACAAUAACCCAAGGCACUGGACACUUAGAGGAGUAGCCCUAUUAUGCGACAUAAAAUAA